AGUCUGACUCACCCCCUCCUGCAGGCACCAUGGCCCGGAGCAGGGCACUGCUGUUCCUGUUGCUGUUGCCAUCGCAGCUGCAGCUGGGACUGGUGAGCACGGUGAGGUCUCCGGGGUUUGGCCGAGGUGGUGCCCACAGCCUGAGCCCUGAAGAGAACGAAUUCAUGGAGGAGCCAGUGUUGGUCCUGAGCCCUGAGGAGCCAGGGCCUGGCCCUGCCACCAUCAACUGCCCCCGAGACUGUGCCUGCUCCCAAGAAGGUGUUGUGGACUGUGGUGGCAUUGACCUGCGUGAGUUCCCGGGGGACCUGCCUGAGCACACCAACCAUCUGUCUCUGCAGAACAACCAGUUGGAGAAGAUCUACCCCCAGGAGCUCUCCAGAUUGCAUCGACUGGAAACUCUGAACCUCCAGAACAACCGUCUGACUUCCCGAGGGCUCCCGGAGGAGGCGUUUGAGCAUCUGACCAACCUCAACUACCUGUACUUGGCCAAUAACAAGCUGACGUUGGCACCCCGGUUCCUGCCAAACACCCUGAUCAGCGUGGACUUCGCUGCCAACUAUCUCACCAAGAUUUACGGGCUCACUUUUGGCCAGAAGCCAAACUUGAGGUCCGUGUACCUGCACAACAACAAGCUGGCGGAUGCCGGGCUGCCGGACAACAUGUUCAACGGCUCCAGCAACGUCGAGAUCCUCAUUCUGUCCAGCAACUUCCUGCGCCAUGUGCCCAAGCACCUGCCACCUGCCCUCUAUAAGCUGCACCUCAAGAACAACAAGCUGGAGAAGAUCCCACCAGGUGCCUUCAGUGAGCUGAGCAAUCUGCGUGAACUGUACCUGCAGAACAAUUACCUGACUGACGAGGGUCUGGACAAUGAAACCUUCUGGAAGCUCUCCAGCCUGGAGUACCUCGAUCUGUCCAGCAACAACCUGUCGCGGGUCCCGGCAGGGCUGCCGCGCAGCCUCGUGCUCCUGCACCUGGAGAAGAACGCCAUCCGGAGCGUGGACGCAGACGUGCUGACGCCCAUCCGCAGCCUCGAGUACCUGCUGCUGCACAGCAACCAGCUGCACGCGCGCGGCAUCCACCCGCGGGCCUUCCAGGGCCUUAAGCGGCUGCACACGGUGCACCUGUACAACAACGCUCUAGAGCGCGUGCCCAGCGGCCUGCCCCGGCGCGUGCGCACUCUCAUGAUCCUGCACAACCAGAUCACCGGCAUUGGCCGCGACGACUUCGCCACCACCUACUUCCUGGAGGAGCUCAACCUCAGCUACAACCGCAUCACCAGCCCACAGGUGCACCGAGAUGCCUUCCGCAAGCUGCGCCUGCUGCGCUCGCUGGACCUGUCCGGUAACCGGCUGCACACCUUGCCACCCGGGCUGCCGCGCAACGUGCACGUGCUGAAGGUCAAGCGCAAUGAACUGGCAGCCCUGGCGCGCGGAGCGCUGGCCGGCAUGGCCCAGCUGCGUGAGCUCUACCUCACCGGCAACCGGCUGCGCAGCCGCGCCCUGGGCCCCCGCUCCUGGGCCGACCUUGCCCACCUCCAGCUGCUGGACAUCGCUGGGAAUCAGCUCACAGAGAUCCCUGAGGGGCUCCCUGAGUCACUCGAGUACCUGUACCUGCAGAACAACAAGAUUAGCACUGUGCCUGCCAAUGCCUUCGACUCCACGCCCAACCUCAAAGGCAUCUUUCUCAGGUUUAACAAGCUGGCCGUGGGCUCCGUGGUGGAAAGUGCCUUCCGGAGGCUGAAGCACCUGCAGGUCUUGGACAUAGAAGGCAACUUUGAGUUUGGUGACGUUUCCAAGGACCGGGGCCAGUUGGAGGAAGAGGAUGAGGAAGAUGAGGAGGAUGAGGAUGAGGAGGAUGAGGAAAGGCGAUAGUGACGGGGUGAACCGGAUUUGACAUAGGUGAUUAGGCCUGAGUGAAGGAAGGAUGCUCCCAUGGUGGACCCCACAGCCCCCAGCCCUGCAGCGAGACGGGGAUCCUAGGAUCGGGGCCCUUCUUGGACUCCUCAGAUCAUGGCCAUGCAAGGAGGAUAGGAAGGAGUUCAGGAGCGGGGGCUGGGAAGCAAGUGCCCUCCUGGUUCUCUGAGUGACUUUGGGAAGCCCAUCCCCUCCCCCAGCUUCAGUGUCUUCAUGGGCUCCUCUGUGCAAGACUCUGGAGCUAGAUGUUCUCCCCAAAGCACAUUCAGAACAGGCAGUGUGGCCACGGCUCUUCUGUGUCUCCUGGAGCCUCCUGGAGGCACCCUGGGGACAAGGACAAUGAGGGAGAGAGUCUGGAAAUGUCCUUGGGCACAUCCCCUCCUUAAACAAAGCAAAGGCCCCCCGAUUUACACUCUGCCUCCUGCAUAUGACAGGUCAGACAGGCCUGUCCUCAUUCCAACCUCCAGGGACAGGCUCAUUUGCACUCUGGCUGCCCAGGCAGGUCUGUCCAUACACUGACAGGCCAGCUAGACCUGUCUACACUCCAGCUACAUGGACAAGCCUGUACAUUCUGGCCACCUGGGCAGGUCUGUUCAUACGCUGGCUGCCCUGUCAGGCCAGUCUGACAGCCUGUAUGAGCCCAAUAAAGAAAUGCUGGCUGGGGGGCCUGGGUGGCUCAAUCAGUUGAGCAUCAUCAGACUCUUGAUUUCAGCUCAGGUUAUGAUCUCACGGUUUGUGAGUUCGAGCCCUGUGUUGGGCUGAUGGCAUAGAGCCUGCCUGGGAUUUUCUCUCUCUCUCUCUCUCUCUCUCUCUCUCUCUCUCUCUCUCUCUCUCUCUCUCCCUCUCUUUCUGCCCCUCCCCUGCUCGCAUUUCUUCCCUCCCCCCAACCUCAAAAAUAAGUCAACAUUAAAAAAAAUGCUGGCCAGGGUAUGGUCACCAAGCCCACAAAAUUGAAAAACAAAACACCUUUAUUUAGUUAUCACUGAAUUUGCGAACACAGAAAGGAGUAGAAAAUCUAACACCACUUCAUCACACAGGCUCAUGGAGAGUGCUGACCCCAAGGCUCCAUGGGCAGCUUGACUAAAGCAUCCCAGGCAAGCCUGCCUCCCCAGUCCUGGCUGGCCCACCUGUCCUGUGGGAGACUGGCCCAAAUGUGUCCAAGGGCCCCUGCAGCUCUUCUGAGGCCAUGCUGUCUCCACACGGGCUGAGCUUUGUGAGACACGACUGGUGAGACUGAUGGGAGACGGGACAGGCUGUGGCACGUGGCAGGCAGCGGGCCUUGGCCUAGGGCUGGGCCGUCCUCAGGGAGAGCUGUUUGUCUGAGGCCACGUGUUAUGGGGCAGGGAGGGUGACCGGCCUGGGCAGGGACUCAGCUGGGGCAGAACCAGAACAUCGCUCUAUCUUCAUAAACUGAAGGCAGUGGUGGCUGCUGAGCUCCUGCAGAGGGGCAGAGACCCUUGGCAUCUGGCCCUGCAGGCCCCUGUCCUCCAGGAGAGAGUGGCCAGGGCCUGGAAGACUUGAGUUAGAGUCCUGGCCCUGACGUUACCUGCCCUGAGACCUGGGGCAAGUGUUUUCAGCUCAUGGGGUCUCAACUCUGUGAUCCAGAAAGUGGGACCAUAUAGCCCCUGCUGCCACCCUCAUAGGUUAACACGGUGGAAAUGUCAUAGCUGGGGCCUUGGCUGUGCCAGGUCAUAAUUCUCCAGCUGGGGCUCCCACAUGCAGUCUUUCCCUUUCUGAGACUCUAUUGUCUGGCCUGUGGGGCGAAUCCUGGCCUCUCAAGGGUGGGAGGAGUGUGUGAGCCUGGCUCCUGUCGAGUGCUCGGAAAAGUAGUGAGUUGAGAUCCUGCCCUUGGCCCCUAGACCUGGAGGCCUCCCCUGGCCCCUGCAGCUCUGCAGGCUACACAUUGGUCUCAAGCUCACUGAUCUCAAUGGUGCAGUGGUCCAGAGAGGUGGCAGCUGGUUCGUCGUCCUGCUCCACCUGGACAGGGAUGUGGUGGGGACAGGCAGGGCCCAGGGUCAGCUCUGAGGCCUCCGCCACGCUCUUCACACAGCCAUUCUGCUGGGUUGCCACGAUCUCCUGGAGGCUCACUGGCUUGGUCUCACGGGGCGGCAGUUUCUGGGGAGGGGAAACAGGCCUUGGUAGCAGCAGGAGGGAGUGAGGUUAGACACCAGGGAAGACUGAAAGAGCAAACCACGUGAUUGGUUUUCCUACAGAUGUGCUGUGGGACCUUGAUAUGUCACACACGGCCUCUCUGGGCUCCAGUUCCAAUCUGUCCUGCUUCCUUUUGAGGUUGUUUUAGUGGAGAAGUCCAGUGAGGGAACUGGUGGGUCCCCUGCCCAUCCACCCCAAUGGGAGUGGGACAGCCUGUUACACAUAGUUAUUGCCACGAAGCCCUGUGCAGACGUACAAAUGUUUGCAUUGUUGUCGGCAGGAUAGAGCGCACCCCCACACUAAGGUACAGGCUCCCUGAGGACAGGGUUUAUCUUUCUUUGUUUGCCACUGCUCCUCCCACGAUGACGAGUGCUCAACAGCUAGCUGCGAGAGGAAUCGGUCACCCCGUGUCCAGAUGAGGAGGCAGGGAGGGAUUGGCAGAAAGUUGCCCAGCUGGUGAGAAGACCUGCACCCCCAUCCCAGCUCCACCCUCCCAACGGCCAGGCUGGGAGGGAGGCACUGCUCUCACCUCCACGCCUGUGUCCUGAGCAAAGUCCUUCCGGCAGAUGUGGGCCAUGAUCCCUGCCGCCAGCGCGUCACCCAGCACGUUAAUCAUGGUGCGAAAACGGUCCCUGGUGAGCCAAGGUGGGCAGUGAGUGGUGGGCACUAUUUUUGGUAAGAGGAGCUGGCAGCAGGCAGGGCCCAGCCCAGCAGCACCUGCAGCCGGCAGCCAGGUUGGAGCCUGUGGCAAAGUGCCUUUUCGGUCCUCUCAAGCCUACUGCCCCUGCUCGGGCAAGGCCAAAGCAAGUUGAUGCACGGCUGGAUUCAGGAACAUGUGGACUGUGCCCAUGCUCAAAAGGGCCUGGGCUUGGUCUGAUGCUCUGCUCUCACCCCCUUGAAAUUCUUCAUAUUUUUGAACAAGGGUAGGCACAUUUUCAUUUUUAAAAACUGGCCCCCGCAAAGGCUGGUGUCAGU